AUGGCGCCGGUGCCGGCAGAGGAGAGGGAGGUAGAUUUCCUCCCCAUCCUGAGCGCAGCGUUCGACCCGCUGCUGAACCAUUGCCAGCAGGUGGCUUCCAUGAUGGAUGCGGGGGACGGCCAGGUGUUCCUCGUCAACUGCGUGGCUGCUAUGCAGGCUCCCUUGAAGCAGCACGCUUUCACGGCCCAGCGCGUCGAGAUGUACACCGCUAUAUUGGAAGACCAGGCAAAGCUCCUCGUGAACGGCCAGGCCGCGGCGGCGCUGUCGAAGCUCGGCCUCUCCGAGCGGCUGAAGGCCCUGAGGGAGAAGCCUCCCGGGACCCCGCUCGCCGCCGUGCCCGAGCUCCACCCGGUGUCCCUGGAGUCUACGCUCCGCGCCUUCUACAACGCGCUCUUCACGCUGGGAGGCGCUCUGGCCCUUCCCUUGCUGGACCGCAUCGCCAACCGGGCCCUGCGGGCCGAGGCGACCGGGAGGAGGCAUCGGGACGGCGAGGAGGGGGAGAAGCGAGGGUCGGCGGCAACGAUAGGGGGGACGCAGACCCCUCGCCGAUAG